UAAUCGAUAUUGAUAGAAAUGGAUAAACUCCGUAUGGCUUCGCGUUAACGACUUAUGUAGUUUCAUCCCAGAAAUCUAGAACAGAGGUGUCUCCAGAUGUCUCCAGACAACUUGAACUCGACGAUUUUAGAAUAUAGAGCGUUUUCGCUCGAUUGCAGCGUUACAAAUAUAUGAUGGGAACACAUACGUAGCACGCGUGAAAAUCGCUGCAAAAUGGAAAGAAUGCUCGAGGAGCGUUUAAGGGAAAGAGUCUGUCUCGGCGAUGCAGACGGCGUGCAAGAUCUCUUAAAUCUAGGUGUCAACGUCAACGCGCGGGAACCUGUCAGCGGAUGGACUGCUUUACAUUGGGCAUGUAAAGAAGGACACUUGGACAUUGUUGCCUUGCUCUUGAAAAAUGGUGCUGAUAAAAACCUAAGAUCUGAAACAGGCGAAACUGCAGCAGCUGUCUGUACCAAUCAACAGAUUCUAUAUCUUUUAGGCACAAGUGGUGAUUUUGAGCGAAUCAUGUACGAUUCACCAUUAAGUGCUGUAACAUCUGUAUACGCUCAAUCAGAUUACCUGCAUACUGCUGCUAAUUCUUCAAAAGUCCAAAAUAAUGUAUAUGACAAGAGCAAAAUCAUCACCUCAUUUCAAGAUGGUUUGAUACAAAUUGAUAUAAUUUUUCUAGUCGCGUAAUAAUCAUAUCUGCCAUAAAUUUAACCAGAAAAAACUACAAUGCUUGCCAUUA